UGCUUGCUUGUCCGAAGCCUCCUCCAGUAAACGUCAUUCGUUUUUUGGAGCUCGCGUUGUUCGGACGUUGGAUUUUUUUUUGGCGCGUUGACUCAGAAAGUUUAUCAGGGGAACAUUAAUAAACUGGCCAAACUAUAGCCAUAAUUAUCUGACAUCUGACAAGGAUCUUUAAACGGGCGUUUGGCAUUGCGCAUACGCAGCGUAUUACGGGAACGAAUUCUAGACUAAAGGAUUCAACAAGUGUCUGUCGCAAUCCAUGUUCAGAGCCUGACCGCAUCAACAUCCGUAGACACACUCAGUCGCAUCUGCAGUCGGAACGAGAUGAAGGAAACCAAAAUGGUGCAGGACCAAGGAGAGACCAAUGUGAUGGGGCUGCCCGAGUCGCUGCUGAAGAUCGCCAAGCGGGAGCUGCGCGAGGACCGUUGCACGCGGGAACAGAGCCUGGAGCAGCUCAGGAAUUGGGUGAUGAAGAACGAGGAUCUGCAGAAUGUGCGCUGCGAUGACACGUUCCUGCUGCGCUUCCUGCGGGCCAAGAAGUUUAGUGUGCCGAUGGCGGAGCAGACAAUGCUCAAGUACCUCAAUAUCAGACGCACUUUCCCGCACAUGAGCACCCAUCUGGACUACCUGGAGCCGCGUCUCGGGGAUCUCAUCGAUCAGGGGUACAUAUUCGCUGUGCCGCAGCGGGACAAGCACGGCCGGCGGGUGGUGAUCAUCAAUGCCAAAGGACUGAAUCCAAAGGUGCACACCAGCUGCGACCAGGCGAAGGCCCACUUCCUGACCUACGAGUGCCUGAUGGAGGACCAGGAGACACAGAUCACGGGCCUGUCGCAUGUGGGCGACUUCUCCGGCGUCUCCACGGCUCAUGUGACCAACUGGAAUCCCACGGAGUUUGCUCGCAUCUUCAAGUGGGGCGAGCAGUCGCUGCCGAUGCGUCACAAGGAGAUCCACCUGAUCAACGUGCCCUCCACGCUCAAGUGGCUCAUAGAUUUCGUGAAGAACCGCGUCAGCUCCAAGAUGAAAAACCGCCUCAUCAUCUACGGCAGCGAGAAAGAGCUGAUGAAGGCAGUGGACGCCGGCUGCCUGCCCCUGGAGAUGGGCGGCACAAUGCCCAUGCGCGAAAUGAUCGAGCUGUGGAAGCAGGAGCUGGCCGCCAAGCGGGACCAAGUGCUGGGCCUGGACAAGUGCAUCCUGCUCUCCGACCGCGGCAUCCAGCGCCGCAGCAGCUUCAACUCCGAGAAGACCGGCUCCGGGCCGAACUUCGUGUCACAGAUCGAGUCCAUCGAGGGGAGCUUUCGGAAGCUGGAGUUCGACUAGUUCAUAGGUCCACCUCGGGCAGCGCCCAGCUCUAGUUUUAGGUUUUAGUCUUAGGCAUCAUCCGUUCACGCAGCGCAUUGCUUUGCCGGUCCUUCGGGAUGUUUUCUCUGCACGGGAUAUAUCCUGAAGGGCCCCCGCUUCGCUUUUCGGUGGCACCCCGCUUUACUCAUCCUGCGCUUCUUUUGUAUACUUUUUUUGUUGGCGUACAAUAAACGAGAGGAAUCACUUGGAA